GGUGGGAUGAACCGAGCGCUGUGGCGCCACGCCGGUGGGAACGCUCGCCUCUAUUGCGCAUGCGCUGUCGCCUGGAGAACCGGAUUUAAAGGGCCCGAGUUAAGGCAACGAAGAGGGGGGACGGCUCUGAAGGGAAGGAAGCCGAGAACGUUUCGCCGGCCUGGCCGUCCGGUUUGCUGAGGGGCGCUCGAGUCCAGGGUGAGGGGCGCGGGGAGACAAACGCCAGCCUCUUCUGGGACCGGUUCCCCCACCUGGCCAAGGCCUGAGGCUGCGUAUUGCUCUGAGAAACCUGGAUGCCUUUCUUUUUCAAAGACUUUCUUUUGCACACAGCCAGGAUCUUAAAGAGGAGUGAGAAGUGGGUCUUACUGCCCAUACAAGCCUCUCAACCGUGUUUCGGCAUCCAAAAGACAUUUUGCAGUUAUUUGUUGCGGAGAGAUCACUCUUUACUCUUGACUGGCCCCAAAUAUCAGCCGGUGGCACAAGAUUUUGCUUCCCCGGCACCGUGGUACGUUUGCAGCUUCAGGGCCCUGACCGCUGACUCUGAGAUGGCAGAGCAGAGGUACUGUGUGGACUAUGCCAAGCGAGGCACAGCAGGCUGCAAGAAAUGCAAAGAGAAGAUCCUGAAGGGGAUGGUGCGCAUUGGGAAGGUAGUGCCCAACCCGUUCACCGAGUCUGGUGGGGACAUGAAGGAGUGGUACCAUGUCAAGUGCAUCUUCGAGAAGCUAGAGAAGGCUCGGGCUACGACCAAGAAGAUUGAGGACCUGACAGACUUGGAGGGCUGGGAGGAGCUGCAAGAUGGAGAGAAGGAGCUGAUCAACCAGCAGAUCUCAGAGCUUACUUCCAAAGUUGCAAAUACACCCAAGAAAAAAACUGUUCAAGCAAAGCUUUCACCCACUGGACAACUCACCUCUCCCAAAAAGGUGCUGGCAGCUCCCACUGAUCCCUCACCGAAGAAAUUCUCAGGCUUCACAGCUAAGCCAGGGAGUUCUGAGGAAGCUGCACCUAGCUGUUCCCCCAAGUUCACCUUGUCUGCAGAGAAGUGUGACCCAAAGCACAAGGACUGUUUGUUGCGGGAAUUCAGGAAACUUUGCGCGAUGGUUGCUGACAAGCCCAGCUACAAUGUGAAAACCCAGAUCAUCCAGGACUUUCUGCAGAAGGGAACCGGGGGAGAUGGUUUCCACGGGGACCUCUAUCUGACGGUGAAGCUGCUUUUGCCCGGGGUCAUUAAGAGUGUUUACAACUUGAAUGACAAGCAGAUCGUGAAACUCUUCAGCAGGAUCUUCAGCUGCAACCAAGAAGUCAUGACCCGUGACCUGGAACAGGGUGACGUUUCUGAAACGGUGCGGAUCUUUUUCGAGCUGAGCAAGUCCUGCCCUCCUGCUUCCAAAAGCCUUCUGACGAUCCAAGAGGUGGAUGAGUUCCUGACCCAGCUCUCCAAACUUUCCAAAGAGGAUGAACAGCAGAGCUUGCUGCAGGAGAUUGCAAGCAAGUGCACGGCCAAUGAUUUGAAGUGCAUCAUCAGGUUGAUCAAGCAUGACUUGAAAAUGAACGCUGGCGCCAAGCAUGUUCUGGAUGCUUUAGACCCAAAUGCUUACGAGGCAUUCAAAGCAUCACGCAACCUCCAAGAUGUGAUAGAGAGGGUGCUGAAGAACCAGCAAGAGUCCCUAAAGGUGCCAGGCUUGAAGAAGACCCUCAGUGUGCAGGCCACGCUGAUGACCCCUGUUCAGCCCAUGCUGGCUGAAGCCUGCAAGUCCAUUGAGUAUGCUAUGAAGAAGUGUCCCAACGGGAUGUAUUCGGAGAUUAAAUACGACGGAGAGCGCGUCCAAGUACACAAGAAGGGAGAGAUCUUCAGCUAUUUCAGCCGCAGCCUGAAACCAGUCCUUCCUCACAAGGUGGCCCACUUCAAGGACUUCAUUCCGAAGGCUUUCCCAGGGGGACACAGCAUGAUUCUGGAUUCAGAAGUCCUUCUGAUUGACAACAAAACAGGGAAGCCCCUGCCUUUUGGGACUCUUGGAGUGCACAAGAAAGCUGCCUUCCAAGAUGCCAACGUCUGUCUGUUUGUCUUUGACUGCAUCUACUUCAAUGAUGUCAGCCUGAUGGACAGGCCCCUUCGGGAACGUCGCAAGUUUCUCCACGACAACAUGGUGGAAAUCCCCAACCGGAUCCUCUUCUCGGAGAUGAAGCACGUCACGAAAGCUUCAGACCUGGCUGAUAUGAUCAAUCGAGUCAUCCGUGAGGGGCUGGAGGGAUUAGUUCUGAAGGAUGUGAAGAGUACCUAUGAGCCUGGAAAGCGUCACUGGCUAAAAGUGAAAAAGGAUUACUUGAACGAGGGAGCAAUGGCUGACACAGCAGAUUUGGUGGUCCUGGGUGCCUUCUAUGGGCAAGGCAGCAAAGGUGGCAUGAUGUCCAUUUUCCUCAUGGGCUGCUACGAUCCUGACAGCCAGAAGUGGUGCACAGUGACAAAAUGUGCUGGGGGCCACGACGACGCCACUCUUGCCCGACUGCAAAAGGAACUAGACAUGGUGAAGAUCAGCAAGGAUCCCAGUAAAAUUCCAAGUUGGCUGAAGAUUAAUAAGAAUUAUUAUCCAGAUUUCAUUGUUCCUGAUCCAAAGAAAGCAGCUGUGUGGGAAAUUACUGGGGCUGAGUUCUCCAAAGCAGAAGCUCACACUGCCGACGGGAUCUCCAUCCGCUUCCCCCGCUGCACACGCAUCCGUGAUGACAAAGAUUGGACAACGGCCACCAACCUCCCACAACUCAGGGAGCUGUAUCAGCUGUCCAAGGAAAAGUCAGACUUCACCGUCGUCGCCACUGAGGAAGACAACUCCACAGCUGGCAGCAGCGGAGAGAACGAGGGGCUGAGCCGAUCCUCCACUCCUCAAAAGGCUGCCAAGCAGCCCUCCAGCAAGUCACCCGCGAAGGCCAAGAAGCCAGAAGCUGGCAAGCCAGUCGGCAAGUCCCCUCUGAAGAAAGCCGAGGAGAAGCGAGGAGAGAAGAGGAAAGCGUCCGAACUGGGGGAAGACAAGGGAAAGAAGACUCUGCUGGACAUAUUCACUGGGGUGAAGCUGUAUCUCCCUCCUUCCGUGGAAGACUUCAGUAAAAUCAGGCGCUAUUUUAUAGCCUACGAUGGAGACCUGGUUCAGGAGUUUGACACUGCCUCAGCCACGCACGUGAUGGGGGAUGUGGAUGAGAACCUGGAGGCCAAGCAUGUCUCUCCCGACUGGAUCUGGGCAUGCAUUCGGAAAAGGAGGCUCGUGGCCCCUUGCUGAAGACUCUGCCAGCAGUCCCGGCCGGCCGGUAGCGGGCACAGUGCCUCUUGCUUGUCCUGCUCUCGCAACGGAUGGGGAUCGGCUUUUGAACUCUAAGGAUUCUGGGACUGUAACUGUUUUUAAUCAACACCUUCAGGAAUGCAAUUUGGUGCUUCUAGGGAAUAGUAUGACAAUGUAGAAAUGAAUUGAAACUCUCUGCGCAUUUUUAUAUUCGGGGAUGCGGUGAGCUGCUCCACUUGAGGGCCACAGCGAAGUCUCAGUUUGUAUUUAAGGACUCAAGAGUUCGAGGCUGGAGCUUCCUGCUUACAGCAUGCUGGUGGAGAAUCGGCCACGGUCGUAGUGAUACUGGAAUCAAGAGUGCUUAACGAAACCGAAUAAGACCUGGCUGAAAAGCUUAUGGUGGCCGGAGUGGGAAAGGGUGGGAACCUGUAAUGUGCCUAUCACUGUGUUCUGGUUGUGUUUUUACUGCCAACACCCCCCGCCCCCGCCCCCACUCUCAGUAUUACUUCAGGUAGUACAAAGGACAAAUCACUGACUAUACACAUCAGCAUGAAUGGACUGUGGUAGUUGUUUUAUUUUUAACUUGGCCUUGAAUGCUGACAUUCUUUAUCAACUCUGUAUAAUUCUUCAAAGAAGACUAGUCUGACAUCUAGCAAA